AUGAAGUCAUCCUAUGCCAAGCUGACGCGUGGCCGGUAUAAACCCGAGGGUUGGAGCAAGCUGAAGAAGUACUGCGAUCUUGCCAAAGAGGAUGGCUGGGAAUGGGCUUGGAUGGACACCUGUUGUAUCGACAAAACAAACACCUCCGAUACACAAGAAGCUAUUAAUGCCAUGUUUCGCUGGUAUAAGGAAUCCAUGAUUUGCUACGUGUACCUUGAGGAUGUUGACCGAGGGAAAAAAAAUUUCCUGGCUUCCUUUUCUCGUGCGAGGUGGUUUACGAGGGGAUGGACACUACAAGAGCUCAUAGCUCCGACAUCUCUACUAUUCGUUGACAAGAAUUGGCUGGAAAUAAUCGACAAAAACAACGGCCAAGAACACAUUGAGAGGGCCACGGGCAUCGAUCCUGAGAAAUUACGAAAAUUUCAUGAGUGUUCUAUCCGGGAACGCUUUUCUUGGGCAUCACAGAGACAGACAACUUUGAUAGAAGACAGGGCCUAUUCUCUUUUGGGCCUCUUUGGAAUUAAUAUGCCUUUGAUUUAUGGCGAGGGUGAUCGGGCAUUUUUGCGGUUACAGCACGAGCUGAUCAGGACGCACGAUGAUGCAAGCCUUUUGCUCUGGGAGGCGCACAAUUAUAAUGAAGAGAAUGUCAUUCCGCGACGGCUAGGUGCUCUGGCUCCUUCGCUCUCAUGUUUUCAACCCCGAUCCGACGAGCCAGCAACAACCCGGAUUUUGGCGGGGUGUAAUCUCUCUAUCUCAGCAAGUGGUUUGCAUUUAGAUGCCAACUUGAUGUUCCUCAACUCAGACAAGGUCGAUGCAGCCGGUCAGGAAUGGCGCCAUGAUUCUCUUUUCCUGGCUUUUAUAGGCGGGUCAUAUUCCUUCCGGUUUGGAAUUUACUUGAUCAAGAUGUCAUCAGCUUAUGCUCCCGACUCUUUCGAAAGAGUUGGGCAUCUGACCACUAUCCUGAAACCUCCCCCUGGUUGGGAUGGUGGGACCAAUUAUACAAGUUUGGGACUAAGGUCCAUCAUUAUAAAAGAUGGAUUCGACCUUUCUUUCCACACGGCCUUUAUGCGAGUGAGCCCUCUUACGGGAUUCAAAAUCCUCGCAUCAUGCCGCGCGCUACUUGAAUACGACGAUCCAUUGAAUAAUGUUCCAGUGUCAUCUCAAUUCAUCCUGCUGAGCAUUCCAUACAGGAGCAGUCGUUUUCUGUGCGAUCCAUCUGGUAUUCGGAAAGGAGAAUAUUUCAUUACUUCCUUUCCAGAGAGCCUCCUCUAUUGGGAUUUCGACGUCGUCCGCGAUAGUCCAUGGAGAUUCCAGGUUCAACAUGGAGCAAGCGAAAAAUUUGAGUUAAUACUGGGCACCUCGCAGUACAACCCAGAUGCUCUCCUGCUCGCCCCUGGACAAUUGCCUUCCCGUACAAUUCGCUUGAAAGGUUCACCGGGUACAGUUCGCGUCAAAAUACGACCAAGGGCGGCCAUGGAAAAUCGUUCACAGUCUAAACGAAAGCUUGGCCGGACAGACCGGAGUGAGAAGCACGGAGAGAAUAAAGUGUCUACGUUGCCUUUGACAGGAGUUGCCCACAAGUCAGCGGCACCAACUCGGGAACCCUCGCCUCUUCGCCUGGCAGCGAGCAGCGAUAAAUCUCUAGAACGAGAUCUCAGAAGGCUAGGUAUAGAAUAUGAAGAUCUGAACGCUUUCUUAGCCACUCUGCAUGCGGAACACAACACCAUGAAAAUGGCGGUUCAAAACCCUCGCAAUUGGCACCAGGACGUCUCCGAUAUUUCAAGUCUUACCGAAGGCAACGAGGAAUUCCUGGCCCUGCUCAAAAGACGACAAGAAGGGACGUUAGACGAGAUCCAGCAAGCCUGGGACAAGACUGCUGAAGCACUGCUGGCCGCUGAGCCUCCACGUUCGGAUAACCCAGCAUCCACGGCUCUUUUAUGGAGCAAUUUUACAAAUUUUGCUCGAGAUUUCUCGUUCGAUUCCCUUGUCGCCCUCUUUGGCUCCUUCGCGGGUGACGGCCAAUCCUCUACUCCCCCUCUGUCGUCAAGCUGCAUUGAGACACACCCUACCAAACUGCAUCAAUCUGACAGGAAAGCGAAAGGAAGAAUGGCAAUGCCAUCUGGCACGAUGAACUGCUCGCCGGGCUCAAAAUUGGAACCUGAACUGGAAAGCAGUGGGCAAAGCGAUGUGCGACGAAGCAUGCGCUUGCAACAACGCGCUGAGCAAAAAAGGCGAUAG